AUCGGUUUUAGUGUAGUAGUGUUUAGACCAACGACGUCACCACUCAGCUUUGUUUUGCUGUCGCAUCGCCAUUGUCUUCACCUUCCAAUUUCCUUCACGUACCUAUGCUACUUGCCAGACGUCCUUUUCUGAUACCAAUUGCGCGUAUAAUUCGAACCCCAGCCCGUUUUGUAGCUACAAAAGCUCGAACAUCGAAGCACGCGACACAGUCAAAGCCCAGAGCGCAAAACAGUAUAGCGGAGAUGUCGAAACGAACCGCGUACGACCGUGACGAGCUUGGUCAUACGUCGACAAAGCGCGCAAAAGAGGUGGAUGAAAACCUGCCCUACGAUCAACUGAAAGAAGCGUUAGACGCGCAGGAGGAGAAGAGCGAUGUCACAAAAGUGGUUCACCUGUUCCACCCGAAAGAUUUGCGUUUGCAAGACAACACUGCUCUGCACCAUGCUUCCGAGUUGGCGCACAAAUCUAAGAAGCCACUCAUCUGCGUGUACUUGCAUUGUGCGGCAGAUGAGUCGUGGCACGGAACCAGCCCAGCGCGAAUGGACUUCAUGUGUGAAGGUCUUGCGAUCCUCCAGAAGGAGCUGAAGGAUCUAAACAUUCCGUUGGUUUUUCUCGAAUGCGAUGAACGCAAGAGUAUAGUUACAACAGUGGUCGACUGGCUGAAGGAGCACAAGGUGUCGCACCUGUUCAGCAAUCACGAGUACGAGAUCGACGAAAUGCGACGCGACAUCAAGCUUGUGAAGCAGGUUGGAAACGACGUACAAGUCUCGAUAUACCACGAUCAAACAGUCGUUGAGCCAGGGACUAUGCUGACAGGCAAUGGCAAGCCGAUGAAGGUGUUCACACCCUACUUUGGGAAAUGGCUAGACAUAGUCAAGGAAGAGCCAGAACUUCUGGACCUGAGACCAGACCCCAAGAAACAGAGUGCCGAUGUUGCGAAAGAACUCAAAGAUCUUUUCAACACAAAACCCCCUCAGCCCGGCAAAGAUAAGAACUUCGAGAAUGAGGAAGACAAAAAGCGCAUUCGUAAGCUCUGGCCAGCUGGUCAUAAGGCAGGCGUCAAACGAAUGGAUGCCUUUCUGAAGAAGAUUAAGAACUACAAAGCCACACGAUCAAAUCCAGCCGAAGACUCGACGUCACGCAUGAGUGCAUACUUCUCCGCCGGCAUGUUCAGCGUGCGCGAAGCACUGCGGAAAGUCAGUGACUAUAAUGGCGGUAGUAGCGACUUCACUGAAGGGCGCUCAAAACCCGGCGUAUACAGCUGGGUGCGAGAGAUCGUGUUCCGCGAACUGUAUCGACAGACGACAAUGACAACGCCUCACACCUCGAUGAACCUACCUCAGAAUCUCAAAUUCGACUACGUACAGUGGGAGGACGAUGAAGAGGGGUGGGAGAAGUGGUACAAAGGUCAAACCGGCGAGCCCUUUAUCGACGCGGGCAUGCGCCAGCUCAAUCACGAAGCGUACAUGCACAACCGCCUGCGCAUGAAUGUCUCUUCAUACUUGUAUUGCAAUCUGCUCCUUGACUUUCGUCGCGGCGAGCGCUAUUUUGCCGAGACCUUGAUCGAUUGGGAUCUGAGCAACAACACGCAAGGCUGGGAGCCAAGCUAUACCGUGUUCAACCCAGUCAGUCAGGCUGAGCGCAACGACCCCAACGGUGACUACAUUCGCAAAUGGGUGCCGGAGCUCAAGGAUGUGGAGGGCAAGGCCGUGUUUGCACCGUAUGCGAGGCUCAGCAAGGAAGAAUUCGAGAAGCUUGGAUAUCCGAAGCCGCAUGUCGACUGGAAGCAGACCAAGCAACGGUGCAUGGAGAGAUUUAAGAACGACAUGUCGGGUGUAGAGCCUUGAGGGAUAUGGUGUAGACAGCUAUUGAUUAGCUAUUUCACCUUUCUUCUUCCCACAUACAAACGUUCCAGGGUCAUUAAGCUCAUUGGCAAGACCACUGUGAUGAAUAUGGCUUAUCAUGAAAUGUUAACAUCGGGACGACCAGAUCUAUCUUGCGUCGAUAAAGACUCUACGGCUGAAUCUUUCCCUGUAUUACAAAAAAGGUCUAUUGGUCGGAGGAAUGAAAUGCCAUCCGCGACCGAAGGAGCUUGAGCAAUAAGAUCAGAAAACAGGCAGGACACCGACGUGCGAUUAUAUGGAG